CAGUUAGUUACUGAAUUUCAGACCGUGCACAGCUCCUAAAAAGCCUAAACACCUCAAGCUAAACGCGCAAAAGACCGCAAGUGCAUGAAAAUACGAGAGUGGAAUCGCACCCAAUCGCACAAAACAAUAUACAAUUUGUUUUUAAACUUUGAAUACCCAAAAACUCAACUGCAAAAUGCAAGUGGAUAAAGUUUGUGCCGCCAUCGCGCUCAUCGCAAUCUUCGCCAGCGUUGUGGAUGCAGCAGUUUACUCCCAGCCCGCCAUCUUCCAUCCUGCACAUCCUGGCAAGUGCUUCGACAAGCUGACCCGCAAGGCCCUGCUGCCCGACAAGGAGUACACGCCGAAGGGCAUCUGCGCGGCGAUGACUUGCAGCCUGGAGGCCCGCGAGAUCAGCAUCGAGACCUGUCCCUAUGUGGAGGCCCCUGGCUGUGAGGAGCUGCCCAGCGACCCCAACUGGCGGUUCCCCAAGUGCUGUCCGCAGUUCAAGUGCGUCGACUUCAAGACCGGCAAGGACUUUAUCGUCUCGCUGUAGAUCGGCUAUAUGUAUAGAUGGACCCUAUAUAGCCGCAACUGAAACGUGAUUUUACAUGAAAUGUAUUCGUAGUUUUGUAAUACCUAAAAGAGAGAGAGAAUGAGAUCGUGUGAAAGCGAGAGCGAGCGACUGUGUGCGUGUGUGUUUCAUUCUUAAUUUAUUUAUUUUAAUUUGUAAAUAACACAUUACCUGCAUAAACUC